CUCCCAGCGGCAGGAGCGGCGGCGGCAGCGGCCGGAGCGCCCGGACCCCUGCCCGCACCCAGGCGCAGGACGCGCACAGCCUCUCCGCGCGCGAGGAGGACACUCGCUGCUCGUCGGCUCCGGGCUGGUGCAAAAAUAUACAAAGCUCCAUAAUCACCCUGAGACCACAUAGAGCAAACAUGAAUGAUAUUUCCCAAAAGGCUGAGAUUCUGCUUUCUUCAUCUAAACCUGUCCCAAAAACCUAUGUGCCAAAACUUGGCAAGGGUGAUGUAAAGGAUAAGUUUGAAGCCAUGCAGAGAGCCAGGGAAGAAAGAAAUCAAAGGAGAUCUAGAGAUGAAAAGCAAAGAAGAAAAGAACAAUAUAUUAGAGAGAGAGAAUGGAACAGGAGAAAGCAGGAGAUUAAAGAAAUGCUUGCUUCUGAUGAUGAGGAAGAGGCAUCUUCUAAAGUAGAAAAGGCUUAUGUCCCAAAGCUAACAGGAACUGUUAAAGGUAGAUUUGCUGAAAUGGAGAAACAAAGACAAGAAGAACAAAGAAAGAGGACAGAGGAGGAACGAAGACGCAGAAUUGAGCAGGAUAUGUUAGAGAAGAGGAAGAUACAACGUGAAUUAGCAAAAAGGGCUGAGCAGAUUGAGGACAUAAACAAUACGGGAACUGAAUCAGCAUCAGAGGAAGGAGAUGAUUCACUACUUGUAACAGUGGUACCUGUCAGAUCACACAAAACUUCUGGAAAGAUAAGAAAGAAUUUCGAGGAUCUAGAAAAAGAACGAGAAGAAAAAGAAAGGGUCAAGUAUGAAGAAGAUAAAAGAAUAAGAUAUGAAGAACAACGGCGAUCUCUCAAGGAAGCAAAGUGUCUUUCCUUGGUCAUGGAUGAUGAACUAGAAAGUGAGGCAAGAAAAGACUCCAUUUCUCCUGGAAAAUUGAAACUAACUUUUGAAGAAUUGGAAAGACAAAGACAAGAAAACCGAAGGAAGCAAGCUGAAGAGGAAGCACGACAACGUUUAGAAGAAGAGAAGCGUGCUUUUGAAGAAGCAAGGCGGCAAAUGGUAAAUGAAGAGGAGGAAAACCAAGACACAGAAAAAAUUUUAAAAGGGUACCGCCCUGGUAAACUCAAACUCAGCUUUGAAGAAAUAGAAAGACAAAGGAGAGAAGAUGAAAAAAAGAAAGCAGAAGAAGAAGCCAGAAGGAGAAUAGAGGAAGAAAAGAAGGCAUUUGCUGAAGCAAGGAGAAGCAUGGUAGUAGAUGAUGACUUCCCAGAGAUGUAUAAAACAAUUUCUCAAGAAUCUCUUACACCGGGAAAACUGGAAAUUAAUUUUGAAGAAUUAUUAAAACAAAAAAUGGAAGAAGAAAAACGACGAACGGAGGAAGAAAGGAAGCAUAAGCUAGAGAUGGAAAAACAGGAAUUUGAACAACUGAGACAAGAAAUGGGAGAGGAAGAGGAAGAACACGAAACCUUUGAACUGAGUAGGGAAUAUGAAGAGUUAAUAAAAUUGAAAAGAAGUGGCUCUAUUCAAGCUAAAAAUUUAAAAAGCAAGUUUGAAAAAAUUGGACAACUGUCUGAAAAAGAAAUCCAGAAAAAGAUAGAAGAAGAACGAGCAAAAAGGAGAGCAAUUGACCUUGAAAUUAAAGAGCGAGAAGCAGAAAACUUUCAUGAGGAAGAAGAUGUUGACGUCAAGCCUGCAAAAAAAAGUGAGGCUCCAUUUACUCAUAAAGUGAAUAUGAAAGCUAGAUUUGAACAAAUGGCUAAGGCAAGAGAAGAAGAGGAACAAAGAAGAAUUGAAGAACAAAAGUUACUACGCAUGCAGUUUGAACAAAAGGAAAUUGAUGCAGCACUACAAAAGAAAAGAGAAGAGGAGGAGGAAGAAGAAGGUGGUAGCAUCAUGAAUGGUUCCACUAUUGAAGAUGAGGAGCAAACGAGAUCAGGAGCUCCAUGGUUCAAGAGGCCUCUAAAAAACACAUCAGUUGUAGACAGUGAGCCAGUUAGAUUUACUGUUAAAGUAACAGGAGAACCCAAACCAGAAAUUACAUGGUGGUUUGAAGGAGAAAUACUGCAAGACGGAGAAGACUAUCAAUAUAUUGAAAGAGGAGAAACUUACUGCCUUUAUUUACCAGAAACUUUCCCAGAAGAUGAAGGAGAAUAUAUGUGUAAAGCGGUCAACAACAAAGGCUCUGCAGCUAGUACCUGUAUUCUUACAAUUGAAAGUAAGAAUUAAUCAUUUUUAAUCUAGAACUUUUAUUGUAUUUACAUUUUUUUUUCCUUUAAAAAAUCACUUUUCUUCUUCUCUUUUUUAGCUGACGACUACUAGCUCCCCUUCCCUCUCCCUGGAACUUUCUCUGCCCCCUCCCACCCACCCCCCCCCCCCAAAUUUCUUACUACAUCCAUGUUUUCUGUGGCGGGGCCAAAAAUGGAAACCAGAAGUGCCACUAUAUUGACUUUUUAUUCCUUUUCCUAACAGUCUUCAAAACACAAGCUCAUCUAAAGAAUACCUUCUUCCUAUCCAAAUCAUCACCAGAUUCGUCACCAUAUUGUGAAGUUAAUGUGUAUUUAAUGGGGUAGAGUGGAAAAGUUACUCAAUUAUUCUAAGCUUAUAGCAAUUACGUUUUAAAGAUCACAAAUAAAACAUUAUUUUGCAUGAAAAAAUGUUUAUGAGCUAUUUAUAUACCUAAAAUUAAUGGAGACUUCAUAAUUUGGAAACUACUGAGUUUUCCUUAAUAGUCAUUUUUCUUGUUGUAGUUUUAAAGUCUUUCUGAAGCACAGAGGGAAAAGGGGGAACAUGGAGAACAACAAAAGUUAAGACUAAAUUUUAAGGAGAAAAUUUAAUGGAAACCACUGCCUAUAUAGAAUUCUGAGUGUUGAGACUAUUAACAUGUACUAUUCAAAGGUGUGUUAUAGUCAAGCUUCUAAAGCAAAUUUAUGCUGUGACCUUGCCUGAACAAAUUAUAUUUUAGUAAAAAAACUUUGUAUCAGUAGUUCAUGCAGGAGAAAACACUUUCAACAUAAUUGAAGAUUUUGAGGUCUAAGAGGGGGGA